UCCCCAACACACAAAAUUUUCACAUUAAUUACAAAGUUCACCCAAGUUUGCACGUAAACUUUCUUCCACGCAAUGCAGCAUUCCGUAAAAUUCAUGACAUUUUACUUGUCUCGCCCCUCCUAUAAAACAAUCCCCAAAAUAGUACAAUUUUCUCGGGAUGCUGCUUUCCAUAGAAGAAAUUUUAUGGACACCUACUGGUAAUUCGUCCCUCACUGAUCAAUGUGUGUUGGAAUUAUAUAUUGUUUUAUGAGGUCUACCUAAAUUGUAACAUUUAUGUCGAUGUCAAAUAUUUCUCUGUCCCGCAUUUGUUUUGUGUUGGCCCUCAUAUAUAUACAUCUUAUUUCAUACUAUAUUUCUUUGCACAUCGAUCUUUUAAUUUGGUAUUAUUAAUAAAAUUCAUGUUGCAACUGUUCUCGCCAUCCCCUCUCACAGAUUCAAGGGAAAUACCAGCGAUGGAUGAGGUGCCGUGGAGCCAGACAGACAAGACUGUCAUUCCUCCGCACGCGCUCGCCCAUCUUCCGAAAUACGGAAGCGAGAAGUGGGAGAUAGCGUACAAGGAACCUUUUGGCAGAUGCAUCGUUGCAAAAGAAGAUAUCGGGGAGGGGGAGCGUCUGUACGCUGACCAUCCACUUGUCCACGGCCCCAAGCAGAUAAGCGCGCUGCUCUGUCUCGGCUGCUACAGCCAGCUCUACCAGGAAGCCUACCAUCCAUGUUCCAAAUGCCGUUGGCCGCUCUGCAGCACCGAGUGCGAGCUGAAAGGCUUGCAUCAUUUGGAGUGCUCCGCUUUUGUAAGCGCAAAUUACAAGUUGAACUUGGCGGAUUUUGGCGAAGAAAAUCCCUUGUACGAGAGCAUCCUGCCUCUGCGCUGCCUCAUGCUCAGGAACACUUGCCCUGAGAAGUGGAAGACUCUGAGGGCCAUGGAGGCCCACGACGAACCGAGACGAGGGUCCGAACUCUGGAACGUUGAGCAGAAAAAUGUAUGCGAGUUUCUAGUGAAGAAGUUGAAGAUGAGCGUGAGUGACGACCUCAUCCACAGCGUGACUGGCGUCCUCGAUGUCAACUGUCACGAGAUCCAGGCGGGUGCACCAGAUAUUUGCAACGUACGAGGAUUGUUCCCGCUGAGUGCGAUGAUGUCGCACGACUGUUACUCCAACACGCAUCACACCUUCACUGAUGACAUGACCAUGAUCAUGGUUACUUCUAGACCCAUCAAGAAAGGCGAACAAGUUACAGCGACGUAUACCCAUUUGUUAUCCGGCACGACGGAGCGCCGCAAGCAUCUGCGCUACGGCAAGUUUUUCGACUGCGUGUGUCGGCGCUGCAGCGACCCCACCGAACUGGGGACUUUCUUCAGCGCCUUGAGGUGCACCCAAUGCGGUGGCCCCGUGCUUUGUAAGGACCCACUGCACCCCAACAACACAUACCGCUGCACCGAGUGUGGUAAUGAGGUGCCUGUAGGCGUUGUGAGCAGACUCACUAACAGCGUUUACUAUGAGCUGCAAGACGCAGAUACGGGUGAUCCAGCCGCUCUGGAGGCCAUCUUCAACAAGUACGAAAAACUCUUCCAUCGAAAUCACUUUCAUCUUAUUGGUCUCGAGCACAGCUUAUCGCAGCUGUACGGCAGGAGCCCAGGCUACCUCAUAAGUGAGCUCUCGAACAAGCAAAUGGACCGGAAAAUUGAGUGUUGUCGCCACGUGCUGGCCGUGAUCGAUGUCAUCGAUCCUGGCAUUUCCAGACUCAGAGGCCUCACGAAGUAUGAGCUGCACGCACCGCUGCUCAUGAAAGCAAACAAGGAAUUUCAGCUUCAGCAUCUGACGAGACGGGAGUUUGUACGGCAGCUGCAAGACGUGCUGCAGCUGCUGCGUGACACAUCCUAUUGUCUGCAGUUUGAACCUGCAUCGACUCACGAGGGGCAGCUUUGUCAGAUCGCAAGACAGUCUGCUGGAGAGUUAGAACAGUGGAUCUGCACAGUGAAGCAGCUACCGGAGAACAAUUUUCUGUCAGAAUCUCGAUAUCAGAUAAACCAUGACGAAGAAAGUGACAGCGACUGCUGUAUCGAGGACCUUUCUUUGGAGGCGUUGCUGAAGAAAGUUGAGAGCUACUGAGUUUCAAAAACAUCGACGGGAAAUUAAGGGGCCAGUUCAGUUCGAGGAGUCCACAAUGUACCGUUUUUUUGUGUGUGCACUUGGUUGUUAUAAUAGAAUAUUGAUCUUUCGUAUAUUUCCUCUAUUUUGAAUAUUUAAUGCCAUGCAGAUAUUAUUUCUUAUCUUCAAUUCUUGGUGGCACAGUAAUGCUGGGGACUUUCACAAAAUUAAAUGUAUAAUUAGAUCAAUAACUGAAAAGUGGAUAUUUGAAAAGUUAACUCGGGCCUCAACGGCUUAGUCAAUGUCUUCCAGUAGUAAUUGAUAUAUACUGAAUACUUCAAUUAUUUAGGAAAAUUUUCUUCGGAAAAAACUGCAGUUAAAUUUACAUAAAUAAUAUUAUUAUGAUUUAUCAGUGUAAAGUUCUUUUUAAAUCGAGAAUGGUGCAUAAUAGAUUUUUUACUCUUUAU